UGGGUUUUAAUUUCUGAUGUUAAGAAGGUUAUUCCAGAGAAUUAAGCAGAUUGCUAAGUGGAACAUGGCUUCAUCUGUAGAGGGUAAGACAGGAGAAAAGAGAACUGGAGAUGAUACAGUGAGUGAUAUCAGCAAGAAACAAAAGGUCGAGCCAAAUGUUGCACGUGCAGACAGGAAGCGCAAGGUGGCGCUCCUAAUCGCCUACAAUGGUAAAGGAUAUUAUGGACUUCAACUGAAUCCUGGUUUUCCAUCAAUAGAAGGAGAUAUAAUCAAAGCCAUAUUGGAGGCAGGGUUGAUAACCCAGGACCACGCUGACACACCCAGAAAGAUGUCAUUUCAAAGAGCUGCACGGACGGACAAAGGAGUUUCUGCAGCUGGGAACCUCCUGUCAUUAAAGAUGUUAAUGAAUAAAGAGAAUUUAUUGGAGGAGAUUAACAAGCAUCUGCCGCCACAGAUCAGAGUGUUUGAGGUAGUGAGAACAACAAAUGGAUUCAAUAGUAAAGACCAUUGCUGUGGAAGAACAUACAUAUAUAUUCUACCCACAUAUGCCUUUGCACCAGUUGAAGAGAUUUGUACAUUAGAAUAUAGGACAAAUAAAGACAUUAUUGAGCGUGUGAAUGAAGUGCUGUUGAAGUUCCAGGGCACUCAUAACUUUCACAACUUCACAUCUGGAAUUAAACCUUUUGAAAACUGUGCCAAAAGAUAUAUUAUCGAUUUUGAGUGCGGAAAGCCAUUUGUACGAGAUGGGGUAGAAUUCUGUGUGUUGUCUGUCCGUGGCCAGAGUUUUAUGUUACAUCAAAUUAGAAAAAUGAUCGGUUUGACAAUUGCCAUAUUGAGAGGCCAUGCUAAUAUUGAUGCCAUUGAGGAGGCUUACAAUCAUGAGAAGAUGGACAUACCUAGAGCUCCAGCCCUGGGACUUAUGUUAGAAAAGCUGCACUACGACCAUUACAACAGAAGGUACGCGUCUGAUGGCUCCCAUGAAAGAAUUGACUUUAAUCACCUUAGAGAAAAAAUCAGCACAUUCAAAGAAGAAUACAUAUUUUCUGAAAUAAUUAAAGAGGAAAUAGAAACUCAAAGUAUGAUGAAUUGGAUGGCCAAGCUACAUUUUCACACCUGUGGACCUAUGGAAAAUAGAUGGUCUGAACGAAAAAAGAUAGAUAAUAUACUUUUGUCAGAGCCAACUGAUGCUAAGGAAUCAACAGAGAAUACAGAAGAUGAAAGAAUAAACAAAGAUAGACUUGUUCAACCAGAAACACAGUCUGGUUCUGUGAUAGACAGUGAAGCAGAAACCAGUCUGGUUCAAACAAAAGCACAGCCUGGUUCUAACACGGACUGUUUAUCAGGAACCAGUCUUGAUCAAACAGAAGCACAAUCUAGUUCAACAAGUGACUGUGUAUUAGAAACCAGUCAAGAAAAAAUAUUGACCAAUCAGAAUGAAUCAUGUGAUGAUGUGACCUCAUCAAAGAUGGACUGUCAUUCAGGAAAUUUAACCAAUCAGAGGGAGUCAUGUGAUGAUGGGGCAACACCGUCUCAGAUUGAUUGUGAUUCAGAAAAUACUGAGAAUAAAUCAGACAAUGAUAACGUGGCUAGUGAAGAAGUCAAGGCAGAGUCAAUGAAAUUGUAGAUGGUGUAAAAAUUGAAUUUUCUGCAAGGAAUAUUGUUAAAAGAAAAUAUAUUUUAAUACAUUAAGAUUAAUAAACUGCUGUUUUUAUUCAUGAACAGUCUAGAGAAGGGAGUUUUUAUGAUUUCACAGUUAAAGAUUUAAAUGAAGUUUAUAGGUCUUUUAAAUAAAAAAUGUACAUGGUUGUUCUAAAACCAAUAUAGGGAUCACCUCCCGGUAGUCUGUUCAUCUGUUUGUCACAAAACUUGUUCGAACCACUGCUCAAAUAAGACUGUUGUAAUUUUAUCCAAACUUUUCAGGCACGAUCAGUACCAAUUCUAGUUCAAUGAUUUUUGUCAGAGUUCAGAUUCGUUCAUGUGAGGAAGCUACCCAGCUAGCUUACGGAACGUCGGUGGUUCUACUCGGGUGCCCGUUUGUGCCUGAAAUAAUGCACGGAGGUUUUCCUCCACCAGUAAAGCAGGAACGUCGCGAUAUGACCUAAACUGUGUUGGUGUGACGUAAAACCCAAACAAGCAAUACAAAUGGACUCAUAAUUUCAACACUUACUUAUCAAUACAAAGUACAUGAAGUUGCCAGGUUAUAUAAGUGUGCCAUCCAUAUUUCCCAGUAUUUUUACUUUGAAAAUAGGGCGUUGUAUAAUUAACCUAUUUUUCCAGUUGGAUUUAUCUUAAAUUUGUCCUUAUAAGUUAAUUUAUUUAAUGAUAUCUUCCAUAUUUGGUAGGUGGAUACCAUAAAUGAUCCUCUAAGUUCUAACAUUUUGUGAUUUGAAAAUUAUCAUAUUUUAUAUUACUCAAUGAAAAUAAUGGUGUAUUUGUAGAAAAUACAUGAAUUUUCUGUUUA